AUGGCUCGUCCUCCACAGCUCGAUAAUCUCCUUAGAAUGGAUUCUUGGUUGAACGAUUUUCAACAUGAGAUCUGCCGCAGAUAUGGAGUCUUGCUGAACUUGCAGAAGAGAAUUGAAGACGUCCUGCGGAGGAAUGGAGCAUUUCACUCAAGGCUACAAGCACUUCGGUAUAAGCAUUUCGGUCUGCUGGUGCAACCGGAUAACUCCGUUCUUUGUCAUGAAUGGGCACCAGGAGCGGAUCAGCUGACCCUCAUUGGCGAUUUUAACGGUUGGAAUCGUGAAACGCACAAGUAUAAGCGUGAAGAGUUCGGUAAAUGGCGCCUGGUCAUUCCUCCAAAUCCUGACGGAUCGUGCGCAAUUCCGCACGGAUCCAUUGUCAAGAUCGCUGUUACAAAGGAUGGUAAAACUUUGGACAAACUCAGUCCAUGGGCUGCUUAUGUCACUCGACCGAAAGACACCGUUGUUUAUCAUCAGCAGUUCUACAAUCCCCCAAACAAGUACCAGUUCGUACAUCCACGACCAAAACGACCGGCAUCGUUGCGUAUCUACGAGGCUCAUGUAGGAAUCAGUAGUCCUGAAGGAAAGGUGAACACCUAUCGAGCGUUCGCCGACGAUGUCAUUCCAAGAAUCGUCAGACAAGGUGCGACAUACUAG